AUGUCAACAGCUUCAUUUAGUGCAGAACAAGAAAAGAUAGCUUUAGAAGUACUUUCAAAAGAUAAACAUGCUUUCUAUGAUAUUUUAAAGGUUGAUAAAACAGCACAAGAUAAUGAAAUUAAGAAAUCUUAUAGAAAAUUGGCUAUUAAGUUGCAUCCUGACAAAAAUCCACAUCCUAAGGCAAGCGAGGCUUUUAAGAGAAUAAAUCGAGCUUUUGAAGUACUAGGUGAUGAAAAGAAGAGAGUUUUAUUUGACAGAAUCGGUAGAGACCCUGAUGAUAGAAGUGUACCAGAGAGUUCAGCAACCGCAUCUGGAUUUCGUGGACAUAAUCAUGGGAAUAUGCCCUCGAGUUUUGAAAACAUGUUUUUCCAGCGUGGUAGAAAUCCACAAGAGGACCUUUUCGAUUUAUUCUUUAAUAUGCAAGGUAGCCCAUUUGGUAAUGCAUUUGGUGGCCCAUUUGGUGAUGUAAGAGGAUUUUCAUUUGGCCCAACUCCAAAUGGUUUUAGGAUGUAUACUAAUGAUACUCGAAGAGCAGCCUUCAACAAUGCUAGAAGAGCACAUCAGCAAAGACAGCAAGAACAAUCUGAACCACAACCGCUCAAUUCUAUUGAAUUAUUAAAAAUGGCCUUACCUAUAAUUGUAUUCUUACUAAUACCCUUCAUAGAAAAGUUCCUUUUCGGUUAA